AUGGUGAAUGGAGGAGAUAGCAGAUUGUGCAUUACGAGUCUUAGAUCGGGAGAAAAGGGAGGAAAAGAGAGAGGAAUUGAGAGAAAAGGAUCUAUUGAUGGUGCAAACAAAGGUGGUGUUGGAUUUGGGGAGAGAGAUGAGGUUGGGAGAGGUACUAUAGGUGAUGGACGUAGUGGUAAGAAUGGUGGUAAGGGAGUAGAGGGAGGUGGGGUAGUAGAGACUAUAGGGAUUGAGUGCUUGAAUGGAAAGGUGGUUUCAUCAAAUGUCACAUGGCGACUAAUGUACACUUUACCUGUUUUGGGAUCAAGGCAUCUGUAUCCCUUAUGUUGA